AGCGUGAGCGAAUCGAUUAGUCCGCGACAAUCGAGGUCCUGAUCGAGUUCGAUAGUCUAUUGUCAGUGAAACGAAGUCGGUUAAAUUUCUAUCGCAUCGUAAAGUGACGUUUGUUAGUUUCCAGAAAAUAAUUGACAAGUUAACAUUUUCAUUGUAAUUUGUGACGGCACAAUUAACACAUCAUGGCUGACGAUGCGGAACAGGUUCCUGCCAUCAACGUUAAGGAGCCAUUAGAUCUGAUCAGACUCAGCUUGGACGAACGAAUUUACGUCAAGAUGAGAAACGAGAGGGAACUCAGAGGCAGAUUACACGCCUAUGAUCAACAUUUAAAUAUGGUUCUGGGUGAGGCAGAGGAAACUGUAACAACCGUUGAGAUAGACGAAGAAACUUACGAGGAAGUUUACAGAACAACUAAAAGAAACAUUCCAAUGUUGUUUGUUCGAGGAGAUGGUGUUAUUCUGGUGUCUCCGCCAAGUAUGAGGGCGCCAAUCUAAUCCCUACCGACGUAACUAACUCUACAAUAAUUUAAAAACAAAUAAUCACUGGAUAAGCUUAUGCUCCUAUUAUAGGCAAUAAUUGAUGCAAAUAAAUUCAAUUUUGUGUAUAAAAAACGUGAAGAAUAGAAAAAAAACUUAGGCAGUAUAGCCUUCUUUCGAAAUAGAUAUUGGAAAUUUGCUGUCUUAUGUUGAAGCUCAGCUGAUUAUCAGUCAAAGUUCCAAUGUACUUCGGUACAAUUUUAUGAAGCAAUGAAAUUGGUUUA